UACAGUACGCGACAACCGAGUCUGACGCGCAUUAUCUUGUUUAGCUUCUCUAUCAGUCAACUCUUCACCAUUCAUGAAGCUUAAUCAUUCUCCGAACUCAAAUAGUAACCGAGCCGUUUCAGCACAUGUUAAACAGCAACUCUAGCAAAGCAGCAGCAGCAGUAACUCACCAUGAAUAUCAUCGUAUGGCUUUUGGCGUCCAUGAUCUUGUGCAAUGGUCUUCCUGCAAUUGGACUGAGCACAAACGCCACGGGAAGGCCAAAAGUUGUGAAUAUCGGGGCUAUUUUUUCGAUCAAAUCUGUGAUUGGAAAAGCUGCAAAAGUUGCAAUCGAUGCAGCCAUAGACGAUGUAAAUUCUCACCCAGAUAUUCUUCAAGGAACUCAAUUGAAACUCCGGUUGAAGGACUCCAAUUACAGUGGAUUUAUGGCGGUAGUGGAAGCUUUACUAUUCAUGGAGAAAGACACUGUUGCCAUAAUUGGUCCCCAGUCAUCAGUGACGGCUCAUGUGAUUUCCCAUAUUGCCAAUGUUCUGCAAGUCCCCCUAUUGUCAUUCUCAUCCACGGAUCCUACCCUGUCUCCUAUUCAGUUCCCAUUCUUUGUGAGGACUUCUCAGAACGAUUUAUAUCAGAUGGCUGCCAUUGCUGAGAUCAUAGACCAUUACGAAUGGAGAGAGGUGAUAGCAAUCUACGAUGAUAACGAUCACGGGAGAAAUGGGAUUGCUGCAUUGGGGGAUAAACUGGCAGAAAGAAGAUGCAGGAUCACCUACAAAGCACGUCUAAGCCCAGAACCGACUAGGGAUGAAAUCACCGAUGUUUUGGUUAAGGUGGCUUUGAGAGAGUCCAGGAUUCUGGUUGUACAUGUUCCUGGUAGUUGGGGUCUUAAAGUGUUCAGUGUGGCUCAGUAUCUAGGAAUGCUGGGAAGCGGUUAUGUUUGGAUUGCUACUAAUUGGCUAUCUACUGUCCUCGAUACGAACUCGCCAUUGUCUCAAGAUGCCAUGGAUGAUAUUCAAGGAGUUGUUACAUUGCGGAUGUACACACCAGAUUCAGAACUCAAGAGGCGAUUUGUUUCAAGGUGGAUCAACUUAACCAAAGGAAAACCAUUUGGACUCAACGCUUAUAGUCUAUAUGCCUACGACACAGUGUGGCUGCUUGCUCGUGCAAUCAAUGAGUUUUUCAAUAAGGGCGGAAACAUUUCAUUUUUAAAUGGUUCUUUAUCAUCGGAGCUCAGUGAAGGAAACUUGCAUCUUGAUGCUUUGAGCGUGUUCCAAGGAGGGAACUUGUUACUUGAUAACAUUUUGAACGUCAAUAUGAAGGGUGUCACAGGGGAUUUCAGGUUUACAAAUGAUCGGAAUCUCAUUAAUCCUGCAUUUGAACUCAUCAAUGUGAUUGGUACCGGCUAUAGAAGAUUUGGAUACUGGUCCAAUCAUUCUGGCCUAUCGACUGUGCCUCCAGAAAUGCUUUGGGGAAAACCACCUAACCGUUCGAGCUCGAGUCAAACGCUAUACGGUGUUGUUUGGCCUGGACAAACCACACAGAAACCCCGUGGAUGGGUGUUUCCAAAUAGUGGCAGACAUUUGAGGAUUGGAGUUCCUUAUCGUGUUAGUUACCGUGAAUUCGUCUCGGUAGGAGGCCCUGAUGCAAUUACAGGACACUGCAUUGAUGUAUUCACUGCUGCUCUCAAUUUGUUGCCCUAUGCUGUCCCAUACAAAUUAAUCCCCUUCGGGGAUGGUCGUACCAAUCCGAGUGGCACCGAGCUGGUUCGUUUGAUCACAGCAGGUGUGUUUGAUGCGGCAAUAGGCGACAUUGCAAUCAUCACUAACAGAACAAAGAUGGCAGAUUUCACGCAGCCAUAUAUCGAGUCUGGAUUAGUUGUGGUGGCCCCAGUUUGGAGGAAGAAUUCUAAUGCUUUUGCCUUCCUGAGGCCAUUCACACGAAGGAUGUGGGCAGUGACAGCCAUCUUUUUUCUGCUGGUGGGAACUGUAGUUUGGAUUUUGGAGCAUAGGUUGAAUGAUGAGUUCAGAGGCCCCCCGAGACGACAAGUAGUUACUCUUUUAUGGUUUAGUUUUUCAACUUGGUUCUUCGCCCAUAGAGAAAAUACUGUCAGUGUACUUGGACGCAUAGUUCUUAUUAUCUGGCUAUUCGUGGUUCUCAUAAUCAACUCUAGCUACACAGCAAGCCUAACCUCAAUCCUUACAGUGCAACAACUUACAUCUCCUAUUAAGGGCAUUGGAACUUUAGUAGCAAGCAAGCAUCCUAUAGGUUACCAGCAGGGAUCAUUUGCUAGAAACUAUUUAAUCGACGAGCUAAAAAUCGAUCCUUCACGACUUGUUGCUCUCAAUUCCCCGGAUGAAUGUGCUAAAGCAUUGAAAGAUGGGCCUCACAAGGGUGGUGUGGCUGCAAUGGUGGAUGACCGUGCUUAUAUCGAGCUCUUUCUCUCUACCAGAUGUGAAUUCAGUAUCGUGGGUCAAGAGUUCACCAAAAACGGAUGGGGAUUUGCCUUUCCACGCGACUCUCCUCUAGCGGUGGACAUGUCAACUGCCAUUCUCAAACUUUCUGAGAACGGAGAUCUGCAAAGGAUCCACGACAAAUGGCUGUUACGGCGUGCAUGUAGUUAUCAAGGUGCAAAGAUGGAAGUGGACAGGCUUCAGCUUAAAAGCUUCUGGGGGUUAUUUCUCAUAUGUGGAUUAGCUUGCUUGAUUGCUCUCUUCCUGUAUUUCUUGAAGAUGGUGAGGCAGUUCAGCCGCCAUUACUCCGAGGAAUCCGAAAUUCAAAGCUCCAGAUCUGCACGCGUUCAGACGUUUCUUUCGUUCGUGGAUGAAAAGGAAGAGGAGGUUAAGAGUCGGUCGAAGAGAAGGCACAUGGAGAGAGUCUCUAAUAGGGCUGAUGAUGGAUCAAAUGGCACUGGCUACUCCAUCAGAAGAAAUAUUGGUGAAUUUGCUUCAAACAAAAGCAUUGGAACUCCUACCGGAAGUAAUGAAGUCUAGGUAAUGUAUGGCUUUCAUUUAUCAUAUAGUGUAAACACAUAUUGAGAUCAUUUUAUAAAACCAGUGGAGGUAAAUUGUGUAAGAAUCAAUCAGCCAAUAGCACAUAGGUGCUAAGGGGCUUAUAAUGUACUUGUACAGGCAAAUUAUGUAAGAAUUCUCUCUUUACCAAA